AUGGGUAUUUGUGCAGGAAGGUCUUAGUAAAAGGAAACUCUAGUGACUGACAUAGAAUCGAUACCUAUCCAAACUCAAGGGACUUUGGAGUUUAAUGUGAAAAUAUCAGGUAUCAAAGUGAAGAUGGAUAAUCUGCCAGCUGGCAAAAUAUCAAUGAAAAUAGGUGAAUUUGGUUAGUUUGAGACGGAAUGCUCGAAAGAACUUUAUGGAAAAUUAUAUGUAAAUUAAACAAUUCAUGUUACAAUCUAGUUUAAAUAGACUCAUGCGUUUUAGAUGUCUAUAACCGAGGAGCAAUUAAAGAAGCAAUAUCUGAACGUUGUGUUGCUGACACCAAAUAAUGAGAAUAUUGCUUCCAUAUCAAUUAAUUUGUUUUUAAUAGCUACAGGCCCAUAACACAUGGAUUACGAAUACACUGGCCUAAUUAAUAAGAAACAACAAUAAGGUAAAAUCAGUUUUGACUUUAAAAUCGCUUAAAUCAUAAAAGUUAGCAUUGUGCCUUAGUUGAUGGAAUUUAAUAUGAAUGAACCGUUAAUACAUUCAGAGUAUUAUUAUUCACUCAAAAUGGUCACUUCAGUCUUGUGUUUUUAAAGCGAAUACUCAGAUGCAUUCUUGAAUCCUGCCUAUCAAAAGAAUUAGCAAUCCACUAACAAUAGUGCGUAAGCCAAAAAACAAGUUAUCAAACAAAUUGUGUACAAAUAAUCCGGAGUUGAAAUGACAGUUGAAGUGCCCCUCAUUGAAAUAUCAUCCUCCAGCAUCUAAGUUUGCUUGUGGUACAACGAAUAGGCCAAUCAAGCCAUUAAUCCUACAUCAGCAAUGAGCAAACCGCAUUAUUCCCUUAUAGCAGAAACCUAUUUCAAUUUGAAUCAAAUCUUCACCUAAGCAUUGAAUAGUGAUCAAAUUAUUGAGAAUAAUUUGAAAGUGUACAAGAUUUUGUAUCAACAGACUAAUAGGAGACUAUGGAAUCACGGUGUAUUGGAAGGCAAUUUGAAUUGCAAUCUUUAAGUUAUCAUUCCUACCUAUUUAAAUUAACAAAUUGUUGGUGUGAGAACAGACAAGGGAAUACAAUAGGGAAGUAGUGUUGUAAAUUCAGGGAAGAUGCCAGUCAAAGAGAUCCAACAAUUAAGUCAGGCAGGACAGCAUUUAUUGGAUGUCCAAUACAAGAUACAAAAUUGUUCAACCAAAGAUUUAUUCCUUAAAUCAGAAUUGAAGAAUUCUCAAGCUCUCUAUCUUAGAACCAUCUAGAAUAUAUUAAAAUAGACUGACAAAUAGUCAAUCAUUUGUUUUGAGUACAAAUCUCAACAGGAUCUAUUCAACGCUCAGAAAUUAUUAAUCGAGAUAGCCUUAAAGUUGUUAGAAUCUGCAGACCAAUAGGAAGAGUCAAUCCGAGAGGAGUAUUACGUUCUACUUAAGUUAAUUUUAAAUAGAGGAGAAUUAAGUUUAAAUCAAGUAGGAUUUUCAGAGGAAACAGAAAAAACUAGUGAGAAACUGCUUAAAUUCAAGACUGAGAUAGGUCUCAAUUAUUAGUCAUUUUUAUAUAAGUCUCUUGGUAUUGUAUUGCAAAAAUUGAAACAAAAAUCUUUGGCUGAUAAUGAACGAACAUUUGUUGAACACUUCUUUGCCAGUGCCUAUUUUAAAAUCCCAGAAUUUAGAACCAAAAUAAUUGAGAGUGUGCAAAGAGUUGAUGAUCCAUAACUACCAGAAUGGAGGUCACUCACUAAACAAACUGAUGAAAUAACAAACAAGGAAUUCAAUGACUUAUUUGAUUGGAAUAGGCACUUUUACGAAUAUCUUACUAAGCAACCCAAAUAUAAUGCCAACAUCAAUAAGCUUAUGGAAAUUAUCAAUCAAGAAGAAUGGCAGAAGAGAAUUGGCAAAAGAGGCAUUGCAUUCUUCUUUUUUUUCUGA